AUGAAUACAAGUGCUUGUGGAUUACUCUCCAGCUCCAAGGUCAGGGAAGAAAUGCUUUCGAAAAGGGCACAGAAAGCCGUACAGGGGGAAUUCCUUGAAACCUACUUCAUCAAAGUAUCGGCCAACAGUUAUGAUUCUGACACAAAUCCACAGGGAUACAUCAACCUCGGGACAGCUGAAAACAAGCUCUGUGAAGAUCUGUGGUUAAACAAGAUUGCUGAAGUAUCAGGGUCGGCUAACUUUGUCAGUCAGGACUUUCUGUACUAUUACGCAUGCCAUGGAUUGGACCGCGUAAGGAAAACCUUCAGCCAAUUUAUUGAGGAACGUUUCAAAAGCAAGGUGAAAAUUGAAGAGGAAAAGCUUGUUCUGAUGGAUGGAGUUACUGCAAUACUGAACGCACUGGCGUUUACUCUGGCAGAUGUUGGAGAUGUUUUCCUGUGCCCUACCCCGGCGUACACCAGACUUAAAUAUGACAUGUUAGACAUAGGUGGAGUGGAUAUAUACGAGGUCCCAAUGUUUGAUAGAGAAUCAUCAGAUGAUCCAUGUAAAAUGCGCACAGAUUUGUUGGGAUCAUAUUUGCAAAGAGCAAAAAAAGACGGUUUGACUGUCCGUGGGGUGAUCAUUACUAAUCCCCAUAACCCUACCGGUAAGGUUUAUACCAAGCAAGAACUUGCUGAGGUGAUGGAGUUCUGCAAACGAGAGGACCUCCACAUUAUAUGUGAUGAAAUAUAUGCUUUGUCGACACAAGGUCAAGGCUGUUUCACAAGUGUCUUGUCUAUGAGCAUUCCUGACCCAGACAAGACUCAUUUCAUCUGGGGUUUUAGUAAGGAUUUCGGACUCUCGGGAUUUCGAUGUGGUGUUGUGUAUUCCCAUGACGUCAGAAUCAUUGGUCACUUACAGAAGAUCGCGAUGUUCUGUGCUAUACCAGCCCCUACACAAGUGCUAAUCAAUGGAUUUCUGUCCGAUACAGAAUGGCUCGACAAGACAUACUUCCCUACCUAUUACAACAGAGCGAAGGAAAAUCAUAAACUUGUGAAAGAUGUACUGGAUGAGUUGAAUAUUCCUACAGCGUACAACUGUCGAAACGUGAUAUUUAUCUGGAUGGAUUUAUCCCAGUUUCUAAAGGAACGUACGAGAGAGGAGGAAAUCAAACUGUUCAACAAGUUUAUGGAUGCUGGUCUAUACAUUUGUCCCGGAACGGAAAUGUUUUGUCAGAUUCCAGGCUGGUUUCGACUGAGUUACACUUAUCCGAAACUACAUGUCAAAGAAGGGCUUAGACGUUUUCGUGCAGUAUUAACAGAAGGGAAACAACUACCAGUGCCCUUAACAUAAAAGGACACAUCGCAGCAGACACUUGUGUAUCCGACUUCAAUGCUGAAUUUUGAGUAAUUGACAGAGGUGCAAACUCGUAAAUUGAAGUUCCUCGAAUUGCGACAUUAAAAUAGUAUCCUGAAAAAUAUAAUCGGUAACUAUUUAUAGCAUUUAUUCUGAAAAUAUACUAUAUAUAAAAAAAAGGAAAAUUGAUCAAAGGUUUGCUUAUAAAUCUGAAGCUGUGUUAAACACCUAUAUAUGAACACGUAUACAGAGCAUUGAUGGUCCAACUUAUAUUGUAACAUAGCGCCUUAUUAUGCAGACUAUGUAUUUUACCGAUUCCCUGAUCUGAUCUAUGAAUAUUCACUCGAUAUUGGAAUAUGUCAUUUACCAGACCUCUUACUUGAAAUCAAAAAUAAAAUAUCU